AUGGCUUGGUUAUUUCCUAUUGCUAUGCUCAUCUGAGCAUCCUUCAGUGAUGGCAUAAUGGAUGGUAUCAAAGCAAAAAAGAAAAAGGCGUUGUCCUUAACAAAAUAUACAAUUAUCCAAAUAUACCGGACUGAGAACGGGGAGACCAUAAAACUUCUGAAAGCCAUAGGAGGUGGACAACAGCUUCCUUCCGAGUGCUUCUAUGAAAUGCCAGACUUUGGCUUCCCCUCAGAAGAAAUCCUCAGGUCCAGCAAAGAGGAUGCAAGACGAACAAUAGGGUUUAUCCUUGAACAGCUCCAAGACAUAUUUCAGCACAACUUCACCCAAGCAAAAUGGAAUGUGAUGGUUGUAGACCUUUUCCAAAAGGCCUUGGACCAACAAAUUAUACAGUGGAAGAGGUGCUCUGUGGCAGAGUCUGGAGAGGAGGUAACAUUCAAAGACCCCCAGCUAAGACUCAGACUGAAGAGAUACUUCAUCAAAAUCCACACGUUCCUGAAAAACAAAGCAUACAGCUUUUGUGCCUGGGAGGCUGUGCGGAGGGACAUUUUGAACAGUGAUUUCAUUGUUCUUGAUCAACUUACAAAAAGUCUUCAAAGGUGA